CUUCAGCUUCUAAGCUUCUAAGGCGUGCUCCCCUCGCUGCUUUUCUUUCCUAGGUAGCGGGCCGGGAAAUUCCGGCUCGCAUUUCUCAGUUUCUCUGGGUCAGUCAGCAGGUCUGUCUCUCUUUGACGCGAGCCCCGCCCCCAACUGCUCUUCUCUACGCCUCCUCCCCAUUUCCUGCUCUUCUCCAGGCUCUCUCUUCUCCUCUCUCCUCUCCUCUCCCCCACGUCCUCCUCAAUCUUCCUUCCCCACCCCACCCCCGCAGGCUCUCGAAGCCACCCCUGCGCGAGGCCGCAUCGCAAAGCGCAGGCGAAAUCGCCAAUUCGCGGUCCCCGGAUGCGCACGCUCAUUCGUGCGAGAGCGAGUCCGGCCCAGGAGGGAGGGGGGAAGCGUCCGCGCGCUCUCUCCUUCUCUCUUUCGCUUCUCUAUCGGCCCUAGCUCCCAAAAGCUGAGGCAGUUCUUAGUGCGGCACUGGAGAAGCUAGGGGGAGAAGAGGACGAGGAGGAGGAAGGGGAAGAGGAAGAGACUGAAGGGGAGGUGGGAGUGACGAUGGCGAUGGGCUCCCUUCUUCCUGUUGUGCUCGCCUGAAAGGGAGCUCAGAGGAAGGACGCAGCCGGCGCUGAGAAGAAGGAGCGAGGAGCCAACGGGGAGCGGCUGCUGCUAAGGGCGCCUGUCCGCCCUGGGCCCAUCGGCGCCAGGCUCGGGAGGCGCGUCUGUCUUCUCUUCUCCUCCUCCCCCCUCCUCCACCCCGGCCUCCUCCGCUCCGGCGCCGGCUCGGCCAGCCUAGGAACGGAGAUACAAGCUGGGAAGAGGCCUGGGGGAGGCGGGGUGGACGGCGCCGGGCUUGUAGCUGCUAUCUCUGGAGCGGGACAGAACCCGUGCGUUCUUCCCCACUCAUUACAGGGGAUGUGACCGGGACUAGCGGAGAGAGAAUCAAACAGACCCCGUCACCGCUGUCCCAGCUUCGGGACCCCGCUCCGCUUAGCCCCCGAGGGGGGGAGGGGUCGGUCGGCCCGCCCCUCCCCUCCCUCCGCUCCUCUCCCCUAGGUCCUUCCUGUCCUUCCUCCCUUCUCGAGGCCGAGCACCGAGUGACAGGCAGACCUACGGAAACGGGCAGCCAGCUGGAGCCAGCGGGUUUCAGAAGUAGAGCGAAAGAGAUGUGACCUGUUGCUCUUGGGCAGAGGAGGCCCUUCCCUCUUUUUUUUUUUUUUUUUUUAAACAGCAGACGGCAAAUAUAUUAAAGAAUAUUCAGCACUGGAAUGGCUUGCCUCACCAUGACAGAAAUGGAGGAAUCUGCCAUAUCUUCUACCCACCAAAAUGGAGAUAUUCCUGGGAACGAUGAUACUUUGAAGCAGAUUGAGCCAAUUUUUCAGGUCUAUCUUUACCACUCUCUUGGGAAGACUGAAGGAGAUUAUUUACAGUUUCCAGUUGGGGAAUAUAUUGCUGAGGAAAUUUGUAUUGCUGCUUGUAAAGCUUGUGGUAUCACCCCUGUCUAUCAUAAUAUGUUUGCUUUAAUGAGUGAAACUGAGAGGAUCUGGUAUCCUCCCAACCAUGUCUUCCAUGUGGAUGAGGCAACCAGAUACAAUGUACUCUACCGAAUAAGGUUUUACUUUCCUCAUUGGUAUUGUAAUGGAGGUAAUAGAACAUACCGGUAUGGAAUAUCUCGAGGUGCAGAAGCCCCUCUUCUUGAUGACUUUGUCAUGUCUUACCUUUUUGCUCAGUGGCGGGAUGAUUUUGUUCAUGGAUGGAUCAAAGUACCUGUGACUCAUGAAACACAAGAAGAAUGUCUUGGAAUGGCUGUCUUAGAUAUAAUGAGAAUAGCUAAAGAAAAGGAUCAGACCCCACUGGCAGUCUAUAACUCUACCAGCUACAAGACCUUCUUACCAAAAUGUGUUCGAGCAAAGAUCCAAGAUUAUCAUAUUUUGACACGAAAGCGAAUAAGGUACAGAUUCCGCAGAUUUAUUCAGCAGUUCAGCCAAUGCAAAGCUACUGCCAGAAUCUUGAAACUUAAAUAUCUUAUAAAUCUGGAAACUCUUCAGUCUGCCUUCUACUCAGAGCAAUUUGAAGUAAAAGAACCUGGCAGAGGUCCUUCAGGUGAGGAGAUUUUUGCAACCAUUAUAAUAACUGGAAACGGUGGAAUUCAAUGGUCACGAGGGAAACAUAAAGACAGUGAGACCCUGACAGAACAGGAUUUACAGAUGUAUUGUGACUUUCCUGAUAUUAUUGAUGUCAGCAUUAAGCAAGCAAAUCAAGAAGGUUCAAAUGAGAACAGAGUGGUGACUAUCCAUAAGCAGGAUAGCAAAAAUUUGGAAAUUGAAUUUCGUUCAUUGAGAGAAGCGCUAUCUUUUGUAUCCUUAAUUGAUGGAUACUAUAGAUUAACUGCAGAUGCACACCAUUACCUUUGUAAAGAAGUAGCUCCUCCAACAGUCCUUGAAAAUAUUCAAAGCAACUGUCAUGGUCCAAUUUCGAUGGAUUUUGCCAUAAGUAAACUGAAGAAAGCAGGUAAUCAGACUGGACUCUAUGUCCUUCGAUGUAGCCCCAAGGACUUUAAUACAUAUUUUCUCACUUUUGCCGUUGAGCGAGAAAAUAUCACUGAUUAUAAGCACUGUUUGAUUACAAAAAAUGAGAAUGGAGAGUUCAACCUCAGUGGGACUAAAAAGAACUUCACUAAUCUUAAGGACCUCUUGAAUUGCUAUCAGAUGGAAACUGUCCGCUCAGAUAACAUCAUUUUCCAGUUUAUUAAGUGUUGCCCCCCAAAGCCCAAAGAUAAAUCAAAUCUUCUAGUCUUCAGGAGUAAUGGCAUUUCUGAUGUUCCCACAUCACCAACAUUUCAGAGGCAUAAUAAUGUGAACCAAAUGGUGUUUCAUAAAAUCAGAAAUGAAGAUUUAAUAUUUAAUGAAAGCCUUGGGCAAGGCACUUUUACCAAGAUUUUUAAAGGUGUAAGAAGAGAAAUAGGAGACUAUGGUCAGCUCCAUGAAACAGAAGUCCUUUUAAAAGUUCUGGAUAAAGCACAUAGAAAUUAUUCAGAGUCUUUUUUUGAAGCAGCAAGCAUGAUGAGCCAGCUUUCUUACAAGCAUCUGGUAUUAAAUUAUGGAGUCUGUGUCUGCGGAGAAGAGAAUAUUCUAGUUCAAGAAUUUGUGAAAUUUGGAUCAUUGGACACAUACCUUAAAAAGAACAAAAAUUCUAUAAACAUAUUAUGGAAGCUUGAAGUGGCCAAACAAUUGGCAUGGGCUAUGCAUUUUCUUGAAGAAAAAAGCCUCACUCAUGGUAAUGUGUGUACUAAGAACAUUUUGCUAAUCAGAGAAGAGGACAGAAAGACAGGAAAUCCUCCUUUCAUCAAGCUCAGUGAUCCUGGCAUUAGUAUUACAGUUUUGCCAAAAGACAUUCUUCAAGAGAGGAUACCAUGGGUCCCACCUGAAUGUAUUGACAAUCCUAAGAAUCUAAGUUUGGCAGCAGAUAAGUGGAGUUUUGGUACCACUUUGUGGGAAAUCUGCAGUGGAGGAGACAAACCUCUGAGUGCAUUAGAUUCUCAAAGAAAACUUCAGUUCUAUGAAGAUAGACACCAGCUCCCUGCACCAAAGUGGACAGAAUUAGCAAAUCUUAUAAAUAAUUGUAUGGACUAUGAGCCAGACUUCAGACCUUCUUUCCGGGCCAUCAUACGAGACCUUAACAGCUUAUUCACUCCAGACUAUGAACUACUAACAGAAAAUGACAUGUUGCCAAAUGUGAGAUUUGGUGCCCUAGGAUUUUCUGGUGCUUUUGAAGACAGAGAUCCCACACAGUUUGAAGAAAGACAUCUUAAAUUCCUACAGCAACUUGGCAAGGGUAAUUUUGGGAGUGUGGAGAUGUGCCGAUAUGACCCUCUACAAGACAACACUGGUGAAGUGGUGGCUGUGAAAAAGUUACAGCACAGUACUGAGGAGCACCUGAGAGACUUUGAAAGAGAAAUUGAAAUUCUUAAGUCUUUACAACAUGACAACAUUGUCAAAUACAAGGGAGUGUGCUACAGUGCUGGCCGUCGUAACUUGAGGUUAAUUAUGGAAUAUUUACCUUAUGGAAGUUUACGUGAUUAUCUCCAGAAACAUAAGGAAAGACUGGAUCAUAAGAAACUUUUACAGUACACAUCUCAAAUCUGCAAGGGAAUGGAGUAUCUUGGUACAAAAAGAUAUAUCCAUAGGGAUCUGGCCACAAGAAAUAUUUUAGUGGAAAAUGAGAAUAGAGUUAAAAUUGGAGAUUUUGGAUUAACAAAAGUCCUGCCACAAGACAAAGAAUACUACAAAGUGAAAGAACCUGGUGAAAGUCCCAUAUUCUGGUAUGCUCCAGAAUCACUCACAGAAAGCAAGUUUUCUGUAGCCUCAGAUGUGUGGAGUUUUGGAGUGGUUCUGUAUGAACUUUUCACAUAUAUUGAGAAAAGCAAAAGCCCACCAGCGGAAUUUAUGCGUAUGAUUGGUAAUGACAAACAAGGGCAGAUGAUUGUAUUCCAUCUAAUAGAACUUUUAAAGAAUAAUGGAAGGUUGCCAAGACCAGAUGGAUGUCCUGAUGAGAUUUAUUCUAUCAUGACUGAGUGUUGGAACAAUAAUGUAAGCUUACGCCCUGCCUUCAGGGAUCUUGCUCUUCGAGUGGAUCAAAUAAGAGAUGACAUGGGUGGAUGAAAGAAUGGAACUUCAUUUUAAUGCUACAGAAUUAAAUUUUGCCCUUCAGGACUAUUCUCACACAGGUCAUGGUGUGAAUAGAUCAGAAAUGCAAAUAUCUCUUCAGAACUUGCAGAUGCAAAUCUCUCAUCAAAAUUUGCAGAUUCCAUCAAAUAUUUGUUUUCUUCACGAGGAUGUAUUUGUUCCCAUGAGAACAUGUUAAUGAAACCAAUUGAUAAGAGACUUUUUUUGGUAUUCCUGUAUGUGGUCAGUCAGUAUCACCAUUGUUUGCCUUACUUGGCAAAGCAAAAGAGAAAAGAAAGAAAGAAAGAAAAGAAAAAGACUUCUUUUUUGACACAGUUAAAUUUUUGAGAAUUGAAAACAUUUAAUGCUUUUUUUUUUUUUUUUUUUUGGCAAAGUUAAAGAUUCAGAGAAUAUAUUUGUACAGUCUUUUCCUCAGUGAAUGUAUAAAGAACUUGGCCUCUUGUGUAGUGUUUUGCACAAAGGUUUACAGUCAUUGGUAUUGUUUUCUAAUUUUUACAGUGUUGAUCCACACAUUUUAGCUUCAUGAACAUUUAGAACCAAGAUAAGAUGUUUAGACUUCUUAAUAAGCAACCUUUCUAUAUGCCUGUUCAGCUCUGUUAUUCAGUCAGCAUUAUAAACAGGUAUGCACUUUUAGCAUGUUUUGUGUAUUGUAAAUAUUUUUCAAGACAAAGGGAACAAGCAUAUAGUUUUACUUGUACAGGAUAACCCCUCAGUCCCAUCCCACUCCCUUAAGAAUACAUUUUGAAAUGGAACAAGCAUACAGAGAUAUAGCACAAUAUAUUUUCCUACUUGGUUUUCUUGUAGUAGUUGUAGUAGUGGCAUUUAUUAAGUAGAAUUCCUUCUAUAUGUGUUUUUUUGGUAAGAUAUGAACAAAUAAGGUGUACUUGAAGCUUUUUCACACUGAAUUAGUAGUCUUAUUUUAAGACUUUUUUUUAAAAUAAGAAUAUUAACAAUAUUUUCAUCCCCUGAAUUACUGUGUUCCUUCAGUUCAAUAUGUUCUCUCACUCCUUGGAAUCAUGACAUGCUUAAAUUGAAUGAAUGAAGGAAACAAAGACAUAAAGAGCUUUCUAAACUGAAAUUGUAUAAACCUGCUUUUAGAUUGUGGGAUGGAUUAGGAAAAUAACUGAGAAAUGUUCAGUUUUUGGUCAAUCUUUUAUUUCCUAAAUAUAUUUAUAUUUCUUGAAGAAUAUAUUUAAGAUUCUUUUUCCAGAAUCCAAGAUGAUUUCUUAUCUGUCAGAGAUUUUCUUAUACAAUUUAAGAGCAAAUUGAAAGUAGCAAAAGCAGGGCAAUUUCAAUUUCUGAUUUUUAAAGUAACAAUACAGAAUUCAAGGAACAAUAGGAAUAUAUAUAUAUUUUCAUUGUGAUACAUUAAAUGUAAGAAUCUUAAAAUACAGUUCUUAUAUCUUGCUCUACUUAAAGGGUUUUGAGUUAGAUAAAAUUUUUAGUGUUACUGCAUUCUAGAUAUUGAAUUUUAAAAAUAUUUUAGGCUUAUUUGCACAAAGUUUUAAGCACGUAUCUUGCCUCAAAAUAAUAGCACAUUCUUAAGUAGAAACAAGUCGUCUUCUUUUUUUUUUUUAAUUACACGUCUUUCUUCAAACCAAGUCCCACUUUCAUUUUCUCAAUACUGCUUUGGAGCUGACUUAAAUCAGAAUCUUAAAUGAUGUUUAAAAAAAAAACUUCAUUUAUAGAGGAAUUAAUCUAUAUAAUUUUUGUUCUAUUUGUUUUAUUUUUUUACUUGUCCAAUACCAUCAUAGCUUCAAAAACUGUUUUAGCUAUACUAUUGAAUGCAGAAGUAAUAUAAAGGGACAGAAUAUUACAUUUGUAAUAAGAUUGAUAAUGUAUAUUUUAGAGAAAGCCAAAUAUAAUUUCUGUUUAUUUAAAAAAAAAACAACUCAGGGAUGUCUGUAUCAUAAUGCAAUUAUGAGAUCUUCCAUGCUGCUAGUUUUCAAGUGAAAGGUAAGCCCUUAAUACAGUAUGCUUGUUUUUGUACUUGGUACUAAAACUCAAGUACCAAAGGAGAUGAUGAUUCUUGGAGUGCUAUAACAUUUUGUUUUUUGCUUUUUUUUUUUUUUAAAUGUUAUUAGCUAGAUUUUUUAAAACUUUUAUAAUGCUUAGAUUUUGAGUAUUAGAUAAAGGAAUUGCAAUGCAAGCUAACAUACUUCAUCGAAGUAUUAGAGACAUAAUUAACCAACCUACUAAAAAACUCCAGAUUUUUUUUUGAGGAUUUGUAUUGUGAUUUUUAAAAAUUCUAAACAUGCCUAAAAAUUGUAGCUUUCCAAAUCAUCAUAAUUGUUCAGUGGUUGUACACAGGUAACAGGUAAGUACUGCUGCUUUAGUUCAUGCCAGACAUAAUUCUUUCAAAUGAAAGCUCUUGAGAAGCAAAAUUAGAUGUUAAGAUUUUCAGCAAUUUCUUUACUUUUCACAGUCUUUGUAUUAAUGGAGAAACAAAUUUCUUUCCUUGGUUGCCAUUUACUUUGGGAAAGCCUCUUUUUGAUGUUAUUGUAUUUGCUACCAAAAGUGCAAUGAUUUAUUGUAGUAAAUUUACUGUAGUAUGCUUUCCCUUCAUAUCCAUAAAGCUGCUAUAAAGUUAUAUGAAAUUUUUAUCACAACUACAGAUUGUCUAAUGCGCCAAAAUAAUUUAAACAGUCAUUUUCAUAAUAAAACCCUAUCAUUGCACAUUUGUGUUUUUCCUCUCCCCAUAAAAUACUACCUUUAGGUCUUAUUUAUUAAUUGGUGCAAUUUGUUUUCUCAAAAAUUUAUAUUCCACACAUUCCCAAAGUUGUAACCAUCAUUCAUGCAGUUAAGUGAUAUAGAUUGUAAGAUUCCAAUAUAUAGAAGUGGGGAAAUUCACUCAUUAAUUUAGGUGUUGGCAAAUCACAGUCAUUAAUAAGGAAAACUCAUCUGCCGGUUUAGGUAUAAAUAGUUCACAAUAUCUAUUAAAUGCUUCCAUAGCUCUCUAAUGUCAAUCACUGUACUAUCCUCCUGAGUAUUGUUGUACCCAACCUAGUCCAAAUUAUUAAAAUGAUUUUUUAAAAUGAAGAUUUCCUCUAGUUUUUCAGAGUAGGUUUCUAAAAUUCUCAUAUUACCCUUAAUUCAUUGUGUUGGAAUAUCCUUUGCCAAAUAAAUAUGUUUAUGUAUGAUAAAUAUGAAAAUUCAGGUGUUAAAUUUCAAAAUACAGACAUUUUACAUCAUUUACAUCCAUGUUUUUGAUUUUACAAAGAACGCUGGAUCUGGUGUCCAAAAACUGCAGUCAAAUAUGAACUCUAUCACUUAGGACCUGGGUCACUUUCAGCAAUUCGUUUUGACCUCUCUAGGCCUUAUUUUUCACAUUUACAAAAUCUUUAAAGUCUUUUUCAGCUCUAAAUCUGUGGUCUCCUGAUCCAUAUUCAUCUGUAUCCUUUAUAGAGUAAUUGAGCUCAUUAGUUAUUGAGUUUACUCUAGUCUGUGUCUGGGGAUAACUUUUAAACUAUGGUUUCUUUUUUUUUUUUUUUUUUUAAGUCAUUGAAUAGCCUUGAUUAGGAUAACAAGUUUAGAGCUCAAAGGGAUCUUAAAGAUCACCUCAUCUAACACUCCCAUUUUACAAAUGAGGAAAGUCAGGGCUAGAGAGGUUAAAUGUCUCAUCAGAUGUCACACAGGUAGAAAGUAGUAGAGCUGAGAUUCAAAUCAGAAUACUCUAGAAGACUCCAAAUCAAGGUUUCCUUUAGCAGCAUCAAAGGGCUUCUGCUAAAAUUGUAAGGAUGUUAACAAAUAGUAUAUUAUGUUAAAAGGCCUAUUAAAGUGCUAGAAAAUUCAUUUUGAGCAUUAUUGCAACAAAUCUAUUUUUUAAAAGUGAGAGCCAUGAAUUAAGAGGCUUGACUGAAGGUUCACAGAUUAUACAAGUAGAUUUCAGAUAACCCAUAAUUUGAAUGGGAAAAAAAUUGAAUAUUUUCAUUUACUUCUAACUGACAUUUGGCAUUGCUUUCAAUUAUUAUUUAAUAUAUAUAUAUAUAUAUAUAUUCUGACUUUAGAUUGCUGAAGGGAUCCAUGCUACCAAAAAAGGUGAAGAAUUUCUGCUCUGUUCUCCUUUUCAAAUUCUAAAAUUCCAUGAUCCUGUAAACAUUGCUUUGUAUUAGCAUGUGUAAAAGAUAACAGGACACCCAUAGUAUUGGCUAGCUAAAAUGACCAAUUAUUGUCUUUGGAUUCUCAAGCCUCCUUUCCACUUUAUAUACUCUCAUCUCUUUGGAAUUCAUUCCUUACUUUAGUCCCUGUUGUCAAUGGACCAUAACUUCUAUAGUAAUAAUAGUUAUUAUAGCAGCUGAAGUUUAUGUAGCACUAUGUGCUAGUCACUGUACUAUAUGCUUUACAAAUAAAUCUCAUCUGAAAGUCAUAAUAAUACUAUAUGCUUUACAAAUAAAUCUCAUCUGAAAGUUAUAAUAUCUUUGGGAGGUGCUGUCAUUAACUCCAUUUUACAGAUGAGGAAACUAGGGCAUGUUUGCCCAGAGCCACAUAGCUAGUACUCUCUAGAACUCUGUUAAUCAACUCCUCUUUACUGCAAAGCCAAUUAAGUCUCCCUGUGUCCCUUCCACCCUCAUUCCUGAAGGGAAUUGUUGGAAUGAGUGUUAAAAAAAAAAAAAAAAAAAAAAAAAAAAAGUUAUUCUGAUGAGUUCUUUCUUUACCACAAUGCUGGUGGCACUUUGUUUCUCCCUUUCCCUUUUUAUAUAGAUCCCCACAUAUAGCUUCAUAAAGUUCAAUGUGACAGAAAACAAAAGUCAGCUCAGUAUUGAGGCAGGGUGGAUUCCAUGGAACAGUAGGACUUCCAAGCUGUGCAACUGAUUAAGAGGCUACUCUAGGAUUAAAAGAAAGAGAGUAAUGGGACAAGAAACCAAUGAGUGACCUAUAGAUCUGAGUUAGCUUCAUCAGUCUUAAAGUUUCAGGGUUCAGUGUUUUCUGUUACUAAAAUGGAGAAAUGGUGAAGAUAAAGUAUUUUCCAGUGAUGUGGGUGUGUGUACGUACAUGUAAGAGGCAGAACCAAGAUUCAAACCAAAGUUCUCUAGAUAACUCCAAAUAUGUAUGUAUGUAUGUAUGCAUAAAUAAGUGUGUAUUUCCUUUAAAGACUUCUAAUUUUAGGCGUGGGUAUAGGGGCAGCUAGAUGGCACGAUGAAUAAUUGAGCACCAGCCCUGAAGUCAAGAGAACCUGAGUCCAAAUCUGGCCUUAGACACUUGAACACUUUAUAACUGUGUGGCCCUGGGCAAGUCACUUAACCCUAAAUGCCUUGAAAAAAAAAAAAACUAAAACAACCUCCCCCCCCCCCCAAAUGAGUGAUAUGUGGUAUGUUAAGGGAAGACUAGUACCUCUGAUGUGAGUGUUUGCCCAAACCUUUUUUCGGGGAUGCUCAUCUUACCUUUGGUGUCCAAGUCACCCAGCUCUCAGCCAUGGCUCCAAGAAAUCAUAGUUUAGGCAGAAGCCACACUCCACUAAACUAUCUCAACUGAUGGGCUAAACCAGGUUGAGGGUAAGCAACAGGUCACAAACCUUUUGGUGAAUUGGGAUAGCUUGGGUGAAUGGGAUAUUUACUCCAAACAUGUAAAGACUUCCUCCAGCCAGAUGGGAGAAUGAGAAUAAUUUGUUUCGAUCUUCAUGAAGGUGGCCGAAGUGUCAGACGUUUGAAGAUUCCAAGGUCAUCCAUUGCAUCCUGAGCCACCAGGCAUUCUGACUUUUGUCUUGCCAUUGGACUUAGAUGACUCUGGAAGAGAGAGUAAGGCUGUUGACUUUGUGCAAUGUUGCUUUGUUCUGUAUUGAUCUUAUUUACCCUGAUUUAUACAUGUAUCUUCUAACCUCUGUUACUUUUUCUUUUUUUAAAUCAUUUUUUAUUUCUAUAGAAAUUCCCUGAUUAUGUGUAAAAAUCAUUUUAACGAACAUGUUAGAAAUUUUUUAGUUCCAAGUUCUCUCACCCCCCUACCCUUUCCGAGAUACCAUGCAAUUCACUUUUACAUGUGAAAUUAUUCAAAUAGUUCCACAUUAGCCAUGUUGCAAAAGAAAACUCAAAACAAAAAUAAAGACAAAAGUAUGCUUCA